AUGUCCAUUGUUACGCGUUACGUCCACAUCGAAAAAGCAGCUGAAGGUCACAAUGCUAGUGUGGAAAUUAAAGAAAGUUUUUUGGAAUUUAUUAACAUUGUAGACACAACUGGAGCAAAGAUGACCGAAGAAAUUUUAAAUUCUUUGAAACAAAAUGACUUAUCUAUUAUGAAUCUUCGUGGUCAAGGCCAUGACAAUGGAGCCAAUAUGCGACAUAAAAGAAACGGUGUGCAGUCUCACAUUGCAAAUAUCAAUUCAAGAGCCUAUUUCGUUCCAUGUGUCUGCCAUUCCUUAGGUUUAGUCGUUGUUGAUGCAGUAAAAGGAGCUAUUGAAAUUGUUAAAUUUUUUUCGACCAUCCAAACAAUUUACAAUUUUUUCUCGGGAUUGACAAAGCGUUGGCACAUUUUCCAGUCCAUGUGUUGUGAAUUGACGAUGAAAUUGUUAAGCGAUACUAGAUGGGAAAGCCAUGUUAAUGCCGUUAGAGCUUUGAAGACCAGAUUGAAAGGCAUUUAUUCUGCGUUAAAAGAAGUCGUUCAAUUGCAAAAAGAUUCACUUACACGUAUAACAGUGGAAUCAAUCGCAUCAAAAUUAGACAAUUUUGAAUUCAUUUGUGGACUAAUUAUCUGGCACGAGGUAUUAACAGAAAUCAAUUGUACGAGAAAAUUGUUACAACUGUCAUAUUUAUCAUCGUACGCAACAGAUGCGGACAAUUAUAUUAAAGCUAAUUAA